AUCGAUUAAACUUUGCCCAAUUGUACCGUGUCGAAAUUCCUCCUCCAACUGUAUUUGAAAUUUGUUAGAAUUUGAAUAUGAUUUUGUACACGUUUGGGUCCGGGAAUAUCUCGCAUGCUCUAGGGGGAAAUUUGCAAAAUGAAUGCUAAAGGAGAAAAUGAAUGCGCCGAGGUGGAUCCUCUCUUGAUCGACGAAUUCGAAUCGAACACGUGGGAUACGAGGCGUUACCGAUGCCAAUGCGGACGAGCUUACAAGCACCAUAACAAUUUAAGAAGGCAUCAGUCCAUCGAGUGCGGCAAAAAUCGGAUGCGACAUUGGUGCAUUCAUUGCGGGAAACGUUUUAAUCGAAGAUAUCAAUUGAGUCAUCAUUUGAUCGUAAACCAUAAAUAUCGAUGAUCCUUUAAUUUAAAUUCUCUUCGCUUAUUUAAUUUUGUUCCAUUCGACGAAUAUCCCUCGGUUUUUAAGAUAAUGUUUCAACAAAAAUAUUGUACGAUCGAACGAGAAAUAAAACAUUAUGUAUUUUGAGGAAAAA